CAUAGCCUCAACGCACACUUGCUAUCACGGGAGGGGAAAGUACAUCUUUAAAUUCAUCAGCCCCGUAGAGAAGAUGCUGCGCAGCUUGGCCCUGCUCUUCCUCCUCUCACUCUGCUUAACCUCCGGCUUCCAGAUGCUGCCGGAGGAGGCCGCACCCCGCCGUGCACGCUUCUCUGCCAACAGCCCAACUGAUGUGGCCAGAUGUUUGAGUGGAGCUGUAGCUGUGGGCUGUGGAUUCUUUUCAUGCCUCGAAAACUCAACUUGUGACACUGAUGGGAUGCACGAGAUAUGUGAGCUGUUCUUUCAUGCUGCUGCUACCUUUAAUACAGAAGGUAAAACCUUUGUGAAGAAGAGCCUGCAAUGCAUUUCCCAGGGAAUCUCUAACAAAGUGUUCCAGACCAUUCGGCGCUGCAACAUCUUCCAGAGGAUGAUAGCUGAGGUUCAAGAGGAGUGUUACACAAGUCUAGACAUCUGCACUAUGGCUCGAUCUAACCCUGAUGCUAUUGGAGAGGUUGUGCAAGUGCCGACUCACUUCCCCAACAGAUACUACAUCACACUGCUGCAGACCCUGCUGACCUGCGAUGAGCAGACGGUGACAACAGUGAGGGCAGGGGUUAUGGCCCGCCUGGGGCCUGACAUGGAAAGUUUCCUUCAGCUUUUCCAGAAUAAACCCUGCACCCCCAGCUCUGACUCCACAGCCUACAACAGCCCAGCCAUUUGGAGGAACAUGCCUGUUUUUAACAUUCAGCCUGGCUUCAGAGGCCGCGACCCAACGCACCUGUUUGCCAAAAGAUCUGCAGUCAACCUGAAGAAGAAGCAAGUUCAAGUGAAUGAAAAAUAAAAAGAGAAAAAACUAAAACUAAAUAAUGUGGUGACUUGUGAUAGCUAACAGAUGUAAAUGGUAAUUUGGUUGAGUUUUAGAUAACACACCAGUUAACUGUUGUGAUCCUGUUAUAUCCAUUGUAAAGGGUUGCCUUUAUAACUCAAAUUGAUAUUUAUUAUUCUAGAUUAACAUAUAAGUCAGUUAUGGUGGGGGCAAAAAAAGAAGGGCGUGUUUAAAAGAUGCUUUCAUGCUGGUCGUGGAGCUCCUUGUGGUUUUGUCCUUACUGAUCUAUAAAUACAUUUAUAAGCUGUAUGUUACGUUUAAAAUGCUUAAAUGUCUAUCAAAAUGUCAGCUUGUGCUAAAUUUGAAAUAAAUACACUCACUUGACUAAUA